CUCAUGCAGACACGGGGAGAACAUGCAAACUCCACGCAGGGAGGACCCGGGAAGCGAACCUGAAUGACCCAUUUAAGUUUACAAAAUCCUUGUUUGAAUGUCAAAAAGUGGACGGCUUAAAGUGUCCAAAAAAGAAUUCGAGGGGUACUUGCGUAACACAUAUACCGAAAAGGAAAAGCUGGGAGAAAUGAGGUUGCCAGGAGAUGUGCCGCCGCUAGAAGAAUUGGUUAAGGAGAUGGAUAGAAGUCCCUGUGAUAUAGCGGGUCCGCGACUCCGAAAGCAUAGCAUUUUAGUUUUGAUUUUAUCUAUUUCUUUUUUUUUUAAUCAGUCUCCGUUGGCGCACACGCGCAACUGCGGGGAACUAAUGAGGUAGUUGGAUCGAGACGCGCCUGCACGUGAAGGUGCGAUCGUUCUCAACUGCUUAAUUGUAGUGAUGGGAAAAAUUAACCCUCCUGAAGCUUUGAGGCUUCCUUUCUAUUUAUGCCGAAAAAGAUUUGAAGAUUUUGAAGCGUCCGCCUCCGUAGGAACAGCGACAUCUGGUUGUUAACUGAGGUCAAUGCAAGAGCGCAAGUGAGAUGUUUCAGCCUCAUGUCAUCAGUAAAAGAUAAAAAGUUGCCUCCUUCACGUUAGGCCAAGCAUGGGGGGGUCUAAUGGCGUCCGUGUGAGAAGCCAACCUUAGAAAAGAAGAGCAGACUUGGAGAAGAGAAGAGUUUAACACAGAGCAUGGCCUCCACCAUGAAUGAAAGACUGUCAUGCAUUAAAGAAGAGGACUGUGAGUGGGGUGAAACAGAAGAUGGGAAGUCAGAGGCCCGUGAAGGGAGAAUUUCUGUUUAUAAAGAGGAGGAGGGCAAGGGGGAGAUGAUUGAAGUUAAAGUGGAGGAUUUGGAAGAGGUCUCCGUUAGUGGGAAUCUUUUCAAACAAGAGAUUUCUGAAGAAUCUUAUUCCAGUUUACAGCACUGGGGCAUUGACACGGGACAACCGGCUACCCAGCAGAGUUCUGCAGAAGUGAAAUUCGAGUUUGAAGAGAAAAUCAGUGAAGGAAGCUGGAAGGAAGAAGAGCAGCUGUCAUCUGGGAAUGUGGGAAUUAGUUUCCAAGAGAAUAUCAGCUUAUCCCGAUCUUCAUUUGCUCAGACCUCUCCUCAGUGCAGAAUGCAACAGAAACAGCAUAAGGAGGAAAUGAAGAAAUCAUCAGAGAAUGUGACAGCUCCCUCUUUCCAGUGCAGUUCUCUUCCUGUGAGAAAAGCCACCAGUACUAACCAACAACAAGGCCGUAACGCAGAUCCAGAGGCUCCGUAUGCUGGCCGAGAAUGUGGACAAACUUUGAAAAACAAGUCUGACUGUAAAGAUGACAAAUCGAUUCAUACAAAACCAAAGCAGUAUUGCUGUUCUGAAUGUGGAAAACGAUUCCUCUAUGACAGCUGGCUCCAGGCACAUAUUAGAAAGCAUACGGGAGAAAAACCUCAUUGCUGUUCUGAAUGUGGCAAGCAAUUUUCCACCAUUUACAGUCUCCAAAGCCAUAUGAGAAUCCACACUGGACAACUGCCCUAUGGGUGUGCUGAAUGUGGGAAAAGAUUCAUCAAAAGUAGCCAUCUUCAGAGCCACACUAGAAUUCACACUGGAGAAAAACCUCAUUGUUGUUCUGAAUGUGGAAAGCGAUUUUUUAACAGUUACAGUCUCCGCAUCCAUCAAAGAAUCCACACUGGAGAAAAGCCAUAUGAGUGUGCAGAAUGUGGGAAAAGAUUUGUUAAAAGCAGCCAUCUUGAGAGCCACACAAGAAUUCAUACUGGAGAAAAGCCAUUUUGCUGCUCUGAAUGUGGCAAACGAUUUACCAUCAGUAGCCACCUUCAGAGACACACAAGAAUCCAUACUGGAGAGAAGCCGUAUUGCUGCUCUGAAUGUGGCAAACAGUUUUCAAACAGUUGCAAUCUCCAAAGACAUGCAAGAAUCCACAGUGGAGAAAAGCCAUAUUGUUGUUCUGAUUGUGGCAAACAAUUUUCUGAUAGUCGUGGUCUCCAAAGGCACACAGCAAUCCACAAUGGAGAAAUAAACAACUGAAAUUGUGGUAGUGGUUCUGGGAUAAACCGGCCUUAUGUUAAAAAAAAAA